CCGUGUCCGGACAAUUCUGAAUUGAGUGAUGCCAAUUUGCUCUUUACAUGAUCGUCGCUCGGUCGUAAGCAGUCAAGGACGCAUUUCGUUCCAGUGGGCGUGUUUUCUGCGCGAUAACGGGACGGAGGAAGAAAGAGGAGCAGAACUCAACAGCGAACGACUUGUGCAAACCUAACCGCAAAACCACGUCAACCAGGCGGAUUUAGCAAUCACCUUAAAUAUGCGGUUCGGAUCUUGAAGUAAUUACAGCUACAAUCUGUGUUUUGAUACUUUACUUUUUCUUGAACGGUUGCUUGACGCGUUGAAAUGUCGGCCGAUUAAGUCAGUAUAAAGGCAUUUUUACGGGUAUUUUUUUUUCCAUUCUGUACCAUAUUUAUUAAGGGAUUCGUCUGCGAGCUCAAAGACUUAAAAGGACAAUGCAGAGCGAGAAAUCGGAGCCGAAAGUCGACGAGGGUUCGGGCCCGGACAAUCCCGAGAUGUGCGCGUCGAGUGACGGCAGCGAAGUGCAGCCUCUUCCCCGGGCCAAGGGGAUUAACGCCGUGGCGGUGUUAUGGACUUUUGGGAAGUGCCUGGGAGCUUUGCUUCCCGUCUACCUGGCCGGCUAUUACCGGGUCAGCACCAGCCUGCUGGUGUGCGGUAUGAUGGUGUAUACGGGAUGGAAGCAUGCUCGGGAGGCCAAAGAAGAGAGGCUGAGAUCGGCCAUGCAGCUGUUCGGCGACGAGGAGGAGCUAGGCAGCUUGAAAAUGUCCAAAAUAAAGAGAGACCUACCUGCGUGGGUCAACUUUCCAGAUGUUGAGAAAGUAGAAUGGCUGAACAAGGUGCUUCAGCAGGUAUGGCCCUUUGUGGGUCAGUACUUGGAGAAGCUCCUGGUGGAGACCAUCGCUCCGUCUAUCCGAGCCUCGAGCAGCCACCUCCAGACGCUCAGUUUCACCAAAGUGGACAUGGGCGACAAGGCCAUGAAGGUGGUCGGGAUCAAGGCGCACACAGAGAAUGACAAAAGACAAGUCCUGCUUGAUUUGUAUAUCAGCUUUGUUGGCAAUGUGGAGAUCAACGUGGAAGUAAAGAGAUACUUCUGCAAAGCUGGAGUCAAAGGAAUGCAAUUGAAUGGGAUGAUGCGAGUCAUUCUGGAGCCUCUGAUCGGAGAUGUGCCCAUUGUGGGCGCCGUCACCAUGUUCUUCAUCCGCAGACCCAAACUCGAUAUCAACUGGACCGGGUUGACCAAUUUGUUGGAUAUCCCUGGAUUGAAUGUCAUGUCUGACAGCAUGAUCAUGGAUGCCAUCGCCUCCUUCUUGGUGCUGCCCAACCGUCUGGUCGUCCCCCUGGUUCCAAACCUACAUUUGGCACAUCUUCGCUCCCCUUUGCCCAGGGGUGUGGUGCGCAUCCACCUUGUGGAGGCCCAGAAUCUAGCAGCAAAGGACCACUACGUGAAAGGCGUCAUGGCGGGCUUGUCAGACCCCUACGCCAUAUUGCGGGUGGGGCCUCAGAUGUUCACCUCCCACCACUUUGACAACACAGACUCACCCAAGUGGGGGGAGAUGUAUGAGGUGAUAGUCCAUGAAGUGCCUGGUCAGGAACUGGAGGUGGAGGUUUAUGACAAAGAUCCAGACCAGGAUGAUUUCCUGGGGAGGACCAAAUUGGAUUUGGGCAUUGUGAAGAAGUCCAUAGCCGUUGAUAAUUGGUUCCCUUUGAAGGAUACGCCCUCAGGUCGGGUCCAUCUCAAACUGGAGUGGUUGGCCUUGAUGCCGACCACUGAUCGACUUGAACAGAUCCUGAAAAGAAACGAGAGUGUGACCAGUAAAACGGCCGACCCGCCCUCGUCCGCCAUUUUGGUGGUUUACCUUGACAAGGCUGAAUCGCUGCCAAUGAAAAAGGGGAAUAAAGAGCCCAAUCCCAUGGUGCAGUUAUCUGUGCAGGACAUCACCAGGGAGAGCAAGACAUGUUCCACAACUGUCAAUCCAGAGUGGGAAGAAGCCUUUACGUUUUUCAUCCAAGAUCCACGCAAACAGGAUAUUGACAUUCAGGUGAAGGAUGUCGACCGGGUGCAGACAUUGGGUAGUCUGUCCAUCCCUCUGUCUCGCGUGCUGUCCACUUCUGGCCUUUCUCUGGACCAGUGGUUCCAGUUGGACAACUCCGGAUCCGCCAGUCGUAUUUAUAUCAACGCAGUUCUCAGGAUGCUGUGGUUAGAUGAAGAGCGUAUCACAGCCGAUGUGUCGUCUAACCUGGAAUCCAAAGGCAAACAGUUACCGCAGGAGACAUCUCCACACUCCAGUUUUGCCACUGAGGGGCUGCUCAGAAUCCACCUGCUGGCUGGGCAGAACCUGAUUCCCAAAGACAACAUGAUGGGGGGCAUGGUGAAAGGCAAGAGUGACCCCUAUGUGAAGAUCAAUAUAGGUGGGGAAACAUUCACAAGCAAAUCCAUCAAUGCGAAUCUCAACCCCACCUGGAAUGAGAUGUAUGAGGUGAUUUUGACGCAGUUGCCUGGUCAGGAGCUACAGCUGGAGGUGUUUGAUAAAGAUAUGGACAUGAAGGAUGAUUUCAUGGGCAGGCUCAAGAUCAAUCUAAAGGACAUCAUUGAGUCACAAUACACUGAUCAGUGGUACACUCUCAAUGAUGUCAAGUCCGGUCGAGUUCAUCUGACCCUGGAAUGGGUUCCAAGAGUCCCAGAAGCAGACCAAGUGGAUCAGGUUCUUCAGUUCUAUUCCAGACAGUCCUACCAGAACAAGGCAGUUCCAUCUGCCGGUCUUCUGUUUGUUUUCAUCCAACAAGCAGAUGGUUUACCAGUGAAGAAGAGUGGAAAAGAACCAAAAGUGGGAGCAGAGCUCAUUCUUGGAAAAAUGUCCCGGAAAACUACAGUGUGCGAUCGCUCUAUAUCACCCGAGUGGGAUGAGGCGUUCUGCUUCUUGGUCCGUGACCCCAGAGAGGAUAUUCUUGUUGUUAAGCUCUCCCACAGCUGGACAUUGCCCAUAGGCUCUUUAGUGGUUCCAAUUAAAGAGCUUCUUACUGAGCCAGAGCUGGUCCUGGAUCAGUGGUUCCAUCUGGACGGAGCCUCCCCUGAGAGUCAACUUCUCCUUCGGGCUGAACUUAAGAUGCUGAUACCAAGCAAGUGUCCCCGCCGUCCCAGUGAUCAAGCUAAGGUCACUUUGAAAGACUCAAUCCGUUUUCCCGAUCAGCAGAAACAAGAGGGUGAUGUCAUCCAAAAGUCCAGUUCAGUGGAUCCUCCUAUAGAAACUAUUGUCCCGCAAGUGAUGAUGCAUGAAGAAGGUGGAGGUGAUGUAAAGAUGUCUCAAGCUGAUGUGGAAGAAGAUAUGAAAGAAGAAGCACCACCAGCUGUGGUGAAACCUCCCCAUACUUCGCCAGAUCUGAACUUUUCCAAUGAGGGGCUAAUGAGAAUCAUCCUCAUGGAGGCUCAAGAUCUGGUUGCCAAGGACAACCUGAUGGGGGGUUUGAAGAAGGGCAAGAGUGACCCCUACGCAAAGAUUACCGUUGGAGACGCCACAUUUAAAAGUAAUGUUGUCAAGGAGAACCUCAACCCCAUCUGGAAUGAGAUGUAUCAGGUGGUGAUGAAGCCUCAGUCUGGACAGGACGUCAACGUGGAGCUGUAUGACAAAGACAUGGACAAAGACGACUUUUUAGGAAGAUUCACCAUCAGUGUGGCGGACAUCGUUGGCUCCCAGUACACAGACCAGUGGUACACUCUGAAGGAUGUUAAGUCUGGUCGUGUUCGUCUCAUACUGGAGUGGGUCCAGACAGUGUCCCAUAAUGGCACCUUGGACAAGGUGAAGCAACUGCAGUCGUUGCAGUCGUUCAAAAACAAGACGAUUCCCUCUGCAGCUUUGCUCUUUGUUUAUGUGGACAGAGCAAACUCAUUGCCAUUUAAGAAAAGUGGAAAGGAGCCGAAAGCUGGAGUUGAGCUGGCUUUGGGUAACACAACCUAUAAAACUAAGGUUUGUGAUCGCACAAGGUCGCCUGAGUGGAACGAGGCAUUCUAUUUUUUGGUUCAUGACCCUACUGAGGAGAUGCUUGUCCUCAAGUUAUCCAGCGCUUGGGAGCAGCCACUGGGCUCGCUGGUGGUUCCUGUAAAAGAGCUGCUGUCGGAACCUCAGCUGGUCCUGGAUCAAUGGAUGUCUCUGGAUGGAGCCUUGCCGGAGAGUGAGAUCUUACUGAGGGCUGAACUCAAGAUAUUGAACUCGGUGAUGACGGAAGCCCCACAGCCAUGUGGUCUCGCUUCAAAGAAAACAAUCACGGUUUCCACCGAGGAGGAAGAAACUGGCUCGAGGCUUCCGUUAGAUGAUCUUGGCCAGAUGAAGUACCCAGAAGAUGAAGCAGAGUCCUUUACAAUUCCGCCUCCUGAUGCUACGUUGGUGGAGGAACAGGCGGAUUUGGAAGAGCAUCAAACACCAGUCGACCAAGUUUAUACAGAGGACAUGGAGACACGAGAUGACCAGGCUCACGUCACAGUGCCUGAUCCUCCUGCUGAGCUCUUGAAGCCCAAAGUUGAUGUUUCUCCACAACACACAACCCCCAGCCGGGACUUUGGCACUGAGGGGCUGUUGAGGAUUCAUUUGCUGGAGGCCCAGAGUCUGGUUGCCAAGGACAACAUGAUGAUGAUGAAGGGCAAGAGCGACCCCUAUGUCAAGAUCAAUGUUGGAGGGCUUACAUUCAAGAGCCAUGUGGUCAAGGAGAACCUCAACCCCACCUGGAACGAGAUGUACGAGGUAGUUUUAAGCAGUCACAGUGUCCAGGAAAUUCAACUCGAAGCGUUCGAUAAAGAUUUAGAUUCUGAUGACUUCCUGGGAAGGUUCAGUAUUAAACUCGGAGAGGUCAUCAGGUCACAGUACAUAGAUCAGUGGUACACAUUGAAUGAUAUCAAGUCCGGGCGGAUUCACUUGAUCCUUGAAUGGGUUCCUACAGUAGCGCGUCCCAUCCAACUUGACAAGGUCCUGCAGCUUCAGUCUCUCCAGUUGUUUAAGAACAAAGCCAUCCCCUCCGCUGCUUUGCUCUUUGUCCAUUUGGAGCGAGCGCACUCAUUACCCCUGAAGAAGAGCGGAAAGGAACCCAAAGCGGGAGCUGAGCUUGUUCUCGGCGACACAACCUACAAAACACAGCUAUGUGACCGCAGCACCAAUCCUCAGUGGGGUGAGUCUUUCUACUUCCUUGUGCGUGACCCUCAACACCAGAUGCUUGUAUUCAAGUUGUCUAGCGGCUGGGACCAGCCAAUGGGAUCUCUGGUGGUUUGCGUGAAGGAGUUGCUGGCAGAGCCACAGCUGGUCCUGGAUCAGUGGUUCCAUCUGGAUGGAGCGGCACCUGACAGCCAGGUUCUGAUGAGGCUUGAACUCAAGGUUCUGGAGACCAAAAUGGUGGAGAUGAUGAGUAGUGGGACUCUGCCUUGUGCUGACCCAAGUAGUGGAUCUGGGAAUGGGCAGGUGAAGUUAUCACUUUCGUAUGACACGAGAGAGGGAAAGCUGGUCAUCAUUGUACAUGCCUGCAGAGGUCUGUUGUGCUCCAGUAAGGACGCUGCCGACAGCUACGUCUCCAUAAUGCUGCUGCCAGACAAAAGCAAGGCCACCAAGAGGAAGACAGCUGUGAAGAAACGAGAUCUCAACCCCGAAUUUAAUGAAAGGUUUGAAUAUAACUUGCUGGUGGAUGAAUUGAAGUUAAGGCACCUCAGCGUGACCGUGAAGAAUAACGCGGCCUCAUUCAGAAGUCGUGACGUCAUUGGACAGGUGCAGAUAGAGCUGGCGGAGGUGGAGCUGGUGCCUGGUGUUACUGAGUGGUUCAUUCUGAGAGAUGAAGCGGAGUAACAAACACGCCGAUGAUGUCAUGUCUCAAACGUGGCAUGGCUGCAGCUUGCACAUGAUGCCUCCUCCUCCUUCUUCGCUGUAACAGGGGAAGUGCUUUGCGCUAACUUAGGCUGUAUAAGUUGAGGCACUUGAAACGCUCAUAUAACGCAGCCAUCAUGCACUCGGUACGGACAAGAGGAGAGCUUGACUCAAAUUUAAUAAUCAUAAAACUGAAGGAAUUGAAGGAAAACAAAUCAAAAGGCUUGAUUACACUUGUAUCACUUCUAAAUGCCACUUAAGUAUUAGAAACUUGCUUGCUUGUGUUUGACGUUGCCUUUUUAAUAUAUAUUUUUUAUAAGAUUACCAUUGUUUUGCAAAUGUUAAGUUCUAUUUGGGUUGUGUAUAUUUGCAAUGAUUACACAAGUGUGUUGGAAAAUGAACACUUAAAUAUAUAUUGUGCAUCUCA